AUGGUUUGCCAACUUGCAUGUCUGUGUUUCAGCACAGUUCUUUGUUUUCGUAAUACGAUUGAUUUAGUAAAUUUUAUGUUAAAGUAGGAUUUGUAUUUUUGUCAUCAAAUAAAAGUACAAAAGUAUUCGUUGAAGUUGCAACUUGUGCUGUGUAAAAAAGAUGUCAUCGGUAAUGUGAGAGCCCUCCAAGAGACUAUAAUUUUUAUUGCAUGAAAAUAAUCAUUCUGUAAAUCUUAUUUGGAAAAAGAAAUAACAAAUAAACGACCUAAUAGAUUUCUUGUUCUCAUUGGAAAAUCGUGCAAUGCUUGACUGAAGACCAUAUAAGAAGGUUUCAGUGAUCAGUAAUUGAAUUGAGAAGCAAUAAGAUUACAAGUUAAACUCUAAUAAGUGUAAAAUAUACCCAAAUGCGAACGGUGACUGAUACCUGUGUAAGGUGGUGUGUGCUUGUGUGAUGGGAGGGGUGGGGUAGACAGUGAGGCGCUCGGGCGCGGGCGCCAUGAACCCGCCGGCGCCCGGCAAGACGGCCACGCGCUCCUCCGGUUACAACCAGAAGGCGCUUGCCGAAAUUCGAAACUCCUUACUACCAUUUGCUAAUAUUGGGAGCUCUGAUCCUCCUGGCUCAUCAGCGGCAAGCACAGUAAGCUCGGGUGUGAGCUCCGGAUUUAGUUCUUCCUCAGGAAAUGGCUUGGAUAAGGAUUUAAAUGUGCUUCCACAGUCCCUAAAUCAGCUUAUAGCUUUAGGGUAUGACGAGGAUCCAGCUGUCAGGGCACUAAAGUUCACGGGAGGACGUUUAGAUGCAGCACUCGAUUACUUGUCGAAACAAACGGAACCUCUCAAUGGAGUUCUCAAAACGAGCAAUUUGAGUGCAUUGAGUACUAAACUCAUAAGGAAACCGAGUUUGGAACGUGAUUUGCACCGCGGGAGUCCAGCGCUUGAUUCUGGGGCGGGCAGUUCUAGAUCGGACAGUCCGCGGCAGCCGGAUGCUCCGCCGCUUCCGCACGAAAAGUUGAGUCGUCAAUACUCGCCUUCGACAUUUUCCGAACCCCCACCGCCACCUCCUCCGAGAUGCCCGUCGACGCCCCCCGUCCCUCCGUCGGUGCAGCAGCUCAUGAAGCGCAUGUCCCCGGCCCCUCCCCUCCCCCCCGCCCGCGGCACGAGCCCAGUCGCAGCCGGCGCCCCCACCCCGCCGGCGCGCCAGCCGAUGAUCGUGCAAAAUGGACCUCAAGUACAACAACAGUUGACUCAACAGAUCCAAGCCUUAAAUAUUUAUCAAACGGGCGGUGGGGGCGCCGAACUUCCACCGCCCUACCCUCUAUCCGGAGUCCCCCCGCCCCCCUCCUAUUCGGUGUCCAUGCAGAAUCGACAGAGUCCCACGCAGUCGCAGGAUUACAGAAAGAGUCCGUCUUCGGGAAUAUAUUCCGGAGGGACGUCGGCUGGCUCGCCGAGCCCCAUCACGGUGACCCAAUCGACCGGUUCGGCGUCGGGUAUGACUCGCCCCACACCUAUUCAGGCGUGGACGGCGAGACAGGCGGUCCAACCUCCCAUAAUAAUGCAAUCGGUGAAGAGUACGCAAGUGCAGAAACCGGUGUUGCAGACGGCUAUAGCUCCGGUCGCCCCGCCGGCUAUCUCCAGUUCGGUCGCCCAGCCGCCCCCGCCCUCGUACGCUAGUUCCAUUCAGCAGAAGCAGCAGUCGCAGACUCCACCGAGCUACCCGUUGGCGCCCAAACCUUCGUCGCCGGGCUCCACGCCGCCGAUCAUCCCCACGGCGACCACGCCCACCGUCCCGACCACGGAGCCCCCCAGUUACGCUAUCACCAUGCAGACUCUCGCCGUCCAACGAGGCAUGCCCAUCCCCCCGCCGCCUUACGGUACUCAGAACGACAACACGACCACCGUCAACUCCCACCAUUCUCCUUUACAUAAAAAAUUCACUAAUAAUUGUGAUAUCAAAGGUGAAACGUCUCAGGGAGUCGGCGAAAUAAAGUGUCCCAAUCAAAAUUGUACUAACAAUUUAUUGAAGGACAGCUGCGUCGCGUCAGGUUCCGACAAGAGUUCGAACGGAUCUUCCGAACGUCGACCGAACAAAACUUUAGAGAAAAUAAGGCACCAGUCUCCUAUACCCGAAAGGAGGAACAUCAGUAAAGAGAAAGAAGACGAAAGACGAGAUUGUAAAGUGAGAAAUUACUCCCCUCAAGCGUUCAAAUUUUUUAUGGAGCAGCAUGUUGAAAACAUCUUGAAAUCUUACAAACAGAGGACUUUCCGACGCAUGCAGCUCGAGAAGGAGAUGAAUAAAAUAGGGCUCAGUCCGGAAGCGCAGUGUCAAAUGAGAAAAAUGCUAUCGCAGAAAGAGUCCAACUACAUUAGGUUAAAGAGAGCGAAAAUGGAUAAAUCGAUGUUCACUAAAAUAAAGCCAAUCGGCGUGGGCGCGUUCGGGGAGGUGACCCUCGUCAGGAAGAUCGAUACUAGUCAUCUAUAUGCCAUGAAGACCCUACGAAAAGCGGACGUGCUGAAGCGAAACCAAGUCGCGCACGUCAAAGCCGAGAGGGAUAUUUUGGCGGAGGCGGAUAACGAAUGGGUCGUUAAAUUAUAUUACAGUUUCCAAGAUAAGGACAAUCUAUACUUUGUUAUGGAUUACAUACCGGGGGGAGACUUGAUGUCGCUGUUGAUAAAGUUGGAAAUCUUCGAGGAGGAGCUGGCGCGGUUCUACAUAGCGGAGCUGACGUGUGCGGUGGAGAGCGUCCAUAAGAUGGGGUUCAUCCACCGGGACAUCAAGCCGGACAACAUCCUCAUCGAUCGCGACGGCCACAUUAAACUCACUGACUUCGGGUUGUGCACGGGCUUCCGGUGGACGCACAACUCGAAAUACUAUCAAAGAAACGAUCACGGGCGGCAAGACUCGAUGGACCCCGUGGACGGGGAGUGGGGCGCGCUGGGCGAGUGCCGCUGCCACCAGCUGAAGCCGCUGGAGCGGCGGCGCAAGCGCGAGCACCAGCGCUGCCUGGCGCACUCGCUGGUGGGCACGCCCAACUACAUCGCGCCCGAGGUGCUGCAGCGCACCGGCUACACGCAGCUCUGCGACUGGUGGUCCGUCGGGGUCAUCCUCUACGAGAUGCUCGUCGGCUCGCCGCCCUUCCUCGCCGCCAGCCCCGCCGAGACGCAGCUCAAGGUCAUAAAUUGGGAGAAAACGCUACACAUACCGGAUGCAGCGAACCUUUCCCGAGAGAGCAAGGAUCUAAUCCUGAAGCUGUGCUCGGGGCAGGAGACGAGGCUGGGCAACCACGCGAGCGAGGUGAAGAACCACCCGUUCCUCAAGAGCAUCGACUUCGAGAAGGGGCUGCGGAGGCAGGUGGCGCCCUACAUCCCCCGGAUCGAGCACCCCACGGACACCUCCAACUUCGACCCCAUCGACCCCAACAAGCUGCGCAACUCUGGCAGCUCCGACUCCAACAAGUCGGACAGUGAACUGCUCGACAACGGCAAGACGUUCCACGGCUUCUUCGAGUUCACGUUCAGGCGUUUCUUCGACGAGGGCUACACGAAGAUCAACCUGGACGACAACGACAACCAGGGCCCCGUGUACGUGUGAACGUUCAGUGAUAUAAAGAGAUACAAUGAGACUAACUUGUAGGAUGUUUUUUACAAAGUGUGUGCCUUUGACUCUCUCUCUAUUUAAAUAUUAGUAGUACUCGUAAACGUAACGAACGCGUAACAUAAUUUAAAAUUAAUUAAAAAAAUGAACCCAACCGUAUUGUUGAUAAUCCCGGUGAUAAUGUUGUAAUAUUGUAUCGUUGUGUAUUUGUAAGGAUCUUAUUUCAUUGUAAUAUAUAUAUGAGUCGGACGGAGGCGCGGCGCCGUGCCUCCAUUCUUGUAUACUAUUUUUGUAACUAGAGAAAUUAUUUAUAUGAGAUAAGAACAAGCUUACUUGAAUUAGCGAAUGAUUUGAUAUUGUCACUAUAUUUUCUUAUGUAUUUAUCGAGGGUAGGUCGUUUGUGUGUGUUGUUUAUAUAAUUUAUGGAGCUAUGUUAGUGGGAGGGCACGCGCGGACCGUGCUCGAUGUGCCUUAUACAGUAAACGCCGACCUUAUACAGUGCCGCACUGGAACACUUGUUUAUGAUAGAUCGACAUCGUGUAGAGUGCAAUACCUAUUUAUUAACAUGAAUCCGAAUCAUCCGUCGUGAUGUGUAAUUUAAUUUAUUUAAAUUGAACCCGUAAAGGUGGUCGUCUCGUACCGUAAUAUACUAUUUUAUAUAGUAAUUUUACAUGAUGUAACAGUGUGUACUCUUAUUGAAAGUGCCAAAUAAAAGUAUUUCUACAUUUUUUUUUUCAUACAGUAAUAUAUUUUUGAAAUGAAUACUGUCGAUUAGAAUCAAUUAAUAUUUUGUUUUCACUAACAAAAGGUAUUUAAAUAAUUUAGCUACAGUAAUUUGGAGAUCCACCGGCUCAUUCACACCCUAAAGCCUGUUUGUGAGGUUUGAAACGGUGAGUGCAGUCGAGUGUUUGAGGUGUUUGUGAGGCCCGAUUGUUGUAUGGCUUGUACAGUUAAUAUAUUAAUGAGUCACUUCAACCUUGAAUUACGUGUUAUUGAAUGUAAAUUGUUUUAUUCACAAAUGAAACGUGCUUAUAAGAAGUAAAUGAAAAUAAAAUGUGGGACUUU